UCUCGUUGUUAUCCACCGAAGCUUUGAGAGAGCCCGCGAACACACACGCGCGCAUACGCAUACACGGAGCAUCGUCAUCUUCGUCGCCGUCGCGAGAAAAAGCUCUUCCCCACUCUCUCCAAUGGCGACUCUCCGCCUCACCGACCUAAACCCCAUCCUCCUCGACAGCUCCCCGCGCCGCUCCUCCUCCUCCUCCUCCUCCUCCUCCGCCGCCGCACGGAGCCCUGGCCGUCAUCAUCGCCGUUCUCGCCUCGUCCCGAGGUCCUCGUUCCGUUCCUCUUCGCCUUCGUCCUCGUCGCCGAAGAAUCGGCGCGAGUUCAUCGUCGACACCGCCGCCGCGGCGGCGGCGGCGGCGCCGCUCGUGCUUACGCCCCUCGUCGGCGGCGCGGCGGCGAGGGCGGAGGAGCCGGCGCUUUCCGAGUGGGAGAGGGUCUACCUCCCCGUCGACCCCGGCGUCGUCCUCCUCGACAUCGCCUUCGUCCCCGACGACCUCUCCCACGGUUUUCUUUUGGGGACGAGACAGACUAUAUUGGAGACAAAAGAUGGAGGGCUUACUUGGUUCCCACGUUCUAUUCCGUCGGCGGAAGAUGAGGACUUCAAUUAUAGAUUCAACUCCAUCAGCUUCAAAGGAAAAGAAGGGUGGAUUGUAGGGAAACCUGCAAUUUUGCUGCACACAUCAGAUGCUGGAGAGAGCUGGGAAAGAAUACCUUUGAGUGCCGAACUUCCUGGUGACAUUGUUUAUAUAGAAGCUACUGGUGAAAAAAGUGCAGAGAUGGUCACUAAUCAAGGAGCAAUCUACGUAACAUCAAAUCGAGGGUACAAUUGGAAAGCUGCUGUGCAAGAGACUGUCUCAGCCACUCUUAACAGAACAGUUUCCAGUGGCAUUAGUGGUGCAAGCUACUAUACGGGGACCUUCAACACUCUAAACCGCUCUCCUGAUGGCCGAUAUGUUGCUGUCUCAAGCCGUGGAAACUUCUACUUGACUUGGGAGCCUGGACAGCCAUAUUGGCAACCGCAUAACAGAGCGGUAGCACGGCGAAUACAGAACAUGGGAUGGAGAGCUGAUGGUGGUCUUUGGCUUCUUGUGCGAGGUGGCGGGCUUUAUCUGAGUAAAGGAACAGGGCUCACUGAAGAAUUUGAGGAGGUUCCAGUCCAGAGCAGGGGGUUCGGUAUUCUUGACGUUGGUUAUCGCUCGAAGGACGAAGCAUGGGCGGCGGGGGGAAGUGGCAUCCUGCUGAGAACAACAAACGGCGGAAAGAGUUGGACUCGUGAUAAAGCUGCAGAUAACAUCGCUGCGAACCUCUACUCUGUAAAGUUCAUCACAGAUGACAAAGGCUUUGUUCUCGGGAACGACGGUGUCUUGCUUCGAUACCUCGGUUGAUAUAACAGGUCAUGAGAGAUUUCCCUCGCCUUUUCGAAGAUAAAUAGCAAUUCAUCUUACAUUUUGUGUUAUGUAAAGAAUCUUCGCAUUCUUCAUUCUAACUGUAAGUUCUGUAUCUGCAUUCCUGUUACAAGAACUUAUCUCCAGUAUAAUUAAUUUGUUUGUGAGUUCAGAUUUC